AGCACCCCAAACAGAUAGAAUUGUUUUUGUAAUUACCGAUCAAUGCAGACACGGCGAUAUUUACCGGCGUAAGAGAUAUGGAGAGGCAAGACGUCGCCAGACUUGGAAAUGGAUUUCCUACUUCAGAUAACCGCUACCUCCAGUGCGUUAACGGCAUUGCACCCAGACACACGUGCAACUGCAGACACCACGUGAAUAUAUGUGUUGUUGUUUGUGUGUUGUUGACAUUGACGACUCUGUCCGCGUGUUUGUACACAGUCGUGUGUUCACGCCAGGUCACCGAACAGGUGAUUCUGCUACACAAGUUGCAGACACUGACCCACAAUGGUGACAGUGAAUAUUACCACGAUUCUGACGAGAUUGUCCAGAUGUACCCUGGUCAGAGGUCAAGCGAGGAGGGGCGGUUUGUGGGUAAGCUCCCUUACCCUGGGCCUCCUAGGGUGCGCCGUGAGAUUCACCCAGCCACCAAGAAACCUAAAAAGAAGAGAAGGAAAAAUCAGAAUGGGCGAAAUGGAAAGAAAGGAUCCAAGAAGGGAGGCGGCAAAUUUUGUAAGAGACUAGCCAAGUGUCAGCCACCGCCGUCCCCAUCAGUGACAGCUCCAACUCAAACCAAGACUCAUUCCCCGAGAGCGUCACAUUUCACUGUGGACGGAUCCUUCGUGUCUGGUCAGACCAUCGGGUCUCUACAUCCGGCACCCUGGAUCAAUGCGCAUGUCACAGAGGCGGCCAUUUCACGUGACAGUAGUUUGUUUGUAGUGGAGAGUGGCGUGUACCUCGUCUACACAAGUGUGUUGUUCAACGACACGAAGUUCCGCGAGGGGUUGCUGGUCACCAGGAAUGACGUGGAGCUGUUCAAGUGUUUCGAUGGCGUUGACUACAUCGACCACAGCAAGGAGAGGAAGCAGAACUUCAAGUUCAAGACAUGCAGUGUAUCAGGUAUUGCCUAUCUUUCCAAGGGAGACAACCUACGGUUAGUGAAUCUCUACCCCAACACUAACAUCGAUGUCAGUAAAGGAUCGACAUUCAUCGGCUUGGUGCAACUGAUUCCCUCGACAGACCCGAACUAACUACCCGAGCCACUACCGAACCACUACCAUGUGACUCGGGAGAUAACUAACCAUAUCAUUAGUUAAAACAUCAGCAUUUAUGAGACGAAUAGUUCUGAAAGUGUGUAAAACAAUCAACAUUACCGUGUCUGUGUAGUGACGACUGUUCGUGACCUGAUGAGCUGAAGUGAGUGAGUAUUCUCGUCUUGUCAGCUUCAGCUCGAACCAAACUCGGAAGUGACGGAGAAUCCCAUGCGCAUGGACAUGGUAAAAUCUAGAAACAAUGACCGCGGACUGGGACUAGAAUCCACCAUCACAUAAGUGAACGUCGGCGUCCUCGACGUCUGACCUACUCGUGAGAUGUAAACAGUUAAAGAUGUACUCACAGUGUUCCGAGAUAACAAUGUAUUGAUGUAUAUUUGUAAGAAGUACUUCGGGGUAAGUGUGAGAUACGAGCUGUUUGACUGAGAUGACCUUUAACUGUGCAGUGAGUCAGAGUGGUGUCGUGUGUGUCUCUGUUUAAACUAUUGUGGGUGUACAUAUACAGGAGGGCUUAGUUAGACGCUUAUCAGGAAAUAACGAAAUGAGCCACGUGGACGUUUAUACAGAUACCAAACAUGCGUCAGAUCUGCAUUUACUUUAUUCCAUGAGAAAUACAUCUCGAAAUACCA